CGGCGGUGCCGCCGAUGGUGGUGCAGAUGGUUAGGAGUGGGGAGGUGGUGAAGGGAUACGAUCUGGGGAGUUUGAAGGAGGUGAUUUGUUCAGGGGCGCCGCUGGCGAGGGAGCACAUGGAGAAGUUUGUGGAGCGUUUCCCCGAGAUUACCCUUACUCAGUGUUACGGUCUAACUGAAACAAGCGGACCCAUAACACUCUGCGACGGGAUUAAAAGUAAGUAUCAUCUCUCUAUUGGAAGGUUGAUUCCACUAAUCGAAGCCAAAAUUGUGGACAUUCGCACCGGAAAAGCUCUUCCCCCAAACAAAUAUGGAGAAUUACGUGUCCGUGGCCCUCCAGUCAUGCAAGGUUACUUGAAGAACCCAGAGGCCACAUCAGUAGCCAUUGAUGAAAAAGGGUGGCUGCGUACUGGUGAUUUAUGCUAUAUUGACUUGCGAGGACUUGUAUAUGUCGUCGAUAGGAUAAAAGAACUUAUCAAGUACAAAGCUUAUCAGGUAGCACCUGCUGAGCUAGAAGAGAUUUUAUCCACUCAUCCAGACAUCAGUGAUGUUGCUGUCACGUCAUACCCAGAUGAGGAGGCAGGAGAGAUCCCCAUGGCUUGUGUAGUGAGAAAGCCCGGAAACAAAAUCAGAGAAGAAGACAUCAUCUCUUUCAUGGAGAAUAAGGUGGCUCCAUACAAGAAAAUUAGGAAAGUGCUAUUCGUGGAGUAUAUACCAAGGUCCCCUUCAGGAAAGAUCCUUCGGAGGCAUCUCAAGACAACAAAUUUGCAGCACGAAAGGGUAGAAAUUUCAGCUAGGCUAUAAUACAGAACGUAUUCUUUGGUCUCUCCAUUCAUUUAAACCUAAAGAUUGAUUCUGAAUAGUCAAUAAUUGUGGAAAAUGUAUGUUAUAUCUUUGCAAUUAAUUACAUUGAUUUCUGUAUCAUGCUUCUUUGUAUCUCAGACAGUACUAAAUUGAGUUGUUUCACUUUCACUUAAAUUACCAACUAAAAUGAGUCUUUUACUUUUCAGUUCUCAUAAGGUGUACAGUUGUCUUUAUUUUUAAUGGAGAAAGAUGCCGAGGUUACUUACAAA